AUGGAGACAUUAUCAUCAGGUGUCUUGGAGUCGAAGACAAAGGGACAACAGCUUGAAGAAGAAAAAAUAGUGGUAGAGUUCAAGACAAUUGAGAAAUCUUCCAAUAACUCUGCUUCACAGGUCAUUGUUAUUGAUGACGACAGCUCGGAAAAUGAACCCAUAAACAAUAAUAUUCAAGAGAAUAAACAAGAGGCUGGGGCCAAAAGGAGCAACCCAUUCGCUCUCUUUGCGUUUCAAAGUACCGAACCAUUACCACCAAAGAAGAAACUUGAUACAUCACCCACCACAAGCCGUUUUCAAAAGUGGAACUCUGAAGCCCACAAGACCAACAACAAGAAACCCAAGACGGAACGCGCAAAACCGAAAUGCGUCCCACCUCCCAAAAUGGAAGAUGUUUCUGUCGAAGAGCGCGAAAGAAUUCAAAAGAAAUGGCACAGUCUUGUUGAUCCCGAAGCUUCUCUGGAAGUUAAGCGCUUCCAAAUGCUCGUGGCGGCCCGAUUGCAUGCCCGAUGCCAACAGGCUUCGGUGGAAAAGGCAAUGACGAAAUUGCGAGAAUCUUUUCCAAACUUUACUGUGGAUGCUUUUGCGGAUGUAGAUCCAGAAUUGUUGGUUCCCUGUAUAAAUAAUGUUGUACACUAUAAUGUCAAGGCACAGCAGAUUGUGAAAGCUGCUCAAGAAGUCAGAACGAACUUUAAUGGAGUUGUUCCAGAAGAUGAGAAGUCUUUGCUGAAACUCACGGGCAUUGGAAAUGUAUUUGCAGAUCUAUUGGCGUUUGUUAAUACCAGAGCAGCUUACGAAAAACCCGCAGACAAGUAG